AGAAAGCCGGCGAAGGCCGGGCCGGCCGGGCGGCCGCGCCGCGCCGCCGUCCGGCCGGCCGGCCGGAGCGUCAGUCGCGAGCGGACCGUCGCAGAGUCGACAGCGGGACGGAGAGCUCCGCGUGACGGGCGCUGAUCGACACAGAGCAGCUCAGCCAGUGGUGACGGGCUAUGCGAGCAGCGAGCUGAGAGUGCCACAGACCGGUGAUCGUACGGAGAGAGAGACGCGAUACACGAGCGAGAUGCUGUCGCGAGUGCAGAGUGGGUUCGAGCGGGCGCGCGAGCGCAGGCCCGCCGCCGACUUCUAUCGCUACGACGCGGAGCGGCUCGACGAUGACGGCGCCGGCGAUGACGCGCUGGGCGGCGACUGCUGGUGCGCACCGGUGGAGCCGGGCCGGCCGCAGUACCGCUGGGAGAACAUCCCGCCGCGGCUGACCACGGCUGCCAACGACUCGGACCUCCUCCAACUACCCGACGACGGCGACGAUGACGGCUGUGACGGUUUCGACGACGAGCCGAUGCCGGCCGCGCCCAGCGCCUGCUGGUGGACGCCCCGGAGCGCUCCUCAGCGCGGCGCGGCGCCUGCAACUGGGGCGUGUUCAGCCAACAGCAUCAGCGUCAGCAUCGGCGCUGACAUCGGCGCCGAGCAGCCGGAGAAGGAGCAGCGGCGGCCGCUGCACACGAGCGGCGGCCGGUUGGCGGCGCCGCAGCAGCGCGCCGGGCCGCAGAUCGCCAUCGGCCUGCCGGCCUCGUCCGAGCCGAGCAGCCGGAUCCAGCUGCAGAUCAGCGGCUGUCCCAGCUCGGUCACUGUCAGCGUGCAGACGCACGCGCCGGCGGCGGCGGCGGCGGCGCCGCGGCCGCGCCGACCGCGCCCAGCCGUGACGGCGGCGGCGAGCGCCGCGCGGCCCGAACAGCCCGAGCCCGAGGAGGACAAGGCGCUGGCGCGCGCGCUCGGUCUGCUGAGGGAGAGCGGCUGGUACUACGGCGCGCUCAGCUGGCAGCAGGCGCAGCUGGCGCUCCAGAGCACCGCCGAGGGCACGUUCCUGGCGCGUGACUCGCACCACCGCCGCUUCGUGUUCGCGCUGAGCAUGCAGACGGCGCACGGGCCGACCAGUAUGCGCGUGCAGCUGUGGCGCGGCCGGUUCCGACUGGACGCCGCCGCCGAGCUGCUGGACGGCAUGCCGACAUUCGCCGAUGUGCACGCGCUGGUGGAGCAUUACGCGCGCCAGGGCCUGGUGGCCGUGGACGGUGUGCCGGUGCGCGUGCGGCUGGGCCGACCCCUCAAACGCACCGUGCCCAGCCUGCAGCACUGCUGCCGGCUGGCGCUGAACGCGGCCGGCUGCGACGACCGGCGGCUGGCCCUGCUGCCGGCGCAGCUGCGGACCUACCUAGACCAGUACCCGUACAGCCGGUAACCGACCGGACCAACAGACCGGCAGACCAGGAGACAAGUUCCUGACCCAGACCAAAUAAAGCUGUGGUGCACGCGCGCGCGCUCUCUCGAGUGAGUGAGUGAGAGGAGUGACCCUGCCGCCCCUUUGGCGGCCACCGACCAGGCUCCUGUUGGCGCCAGCUGUUGCAUUUGACGUCGUUGAUAUAUUGUGUAUUUUUAUGCCACGUGACAAAUAUAUUAUUUUGUAUUAGU